AUGGCUGAAUCGGGAGAAAGCGAAGAUGAAAUCCAAUUUCUACGUACGGUAAGUAGGCUAAUGCUACCGAGAAUUUAACACUGGGGGUGGCAUUUGUGGGAAAGUUGGAAGAAGGUUGCGUUAUGCAGUGUAUCGAUACGGUAGCCAGAAAAAUAACCAUUUACAGGUGGCUACUGUAUAAUAAUCACUGGUACUUUGGGCAACAAUUUUCAGGUGUACAUGCUUUUUUACUUGUUAACUUUUUCCCACAGUCAUACACUCCUUUGAAAGUUACUUAUACAAAUAAGAAAAACCAAGCCAUGUUUUCAUGAUAGAGAGUUUAGAGAAGAAACUGUUUCAUUUUAGUCUAUUUGAAAGUUACUAGGCUGUGUUGAAUGGCUAUUACUUGUCUUAAAAACAGAUGUGUGUAUGCUACCAUGACAUGUUUAAUUGCAAAAAAAAUAAGAUUGUAAAUUACAUAAUUUUUACUCUCUCUAUUGCUCUCCUCUCAUUUGAGAGAAUAACAACAGCCAUAUCUCCCUCUUUUUUAGUCACUCUGGCAAAUGACCUGCUGACCUUUACUCCAAAUUCACUCACAAACCUACUUUUGUAGAAAUAUAUUAGUUUAUUUCAUUGUUUCUGUGCCACUUCAUGGGCUAGAGUAAAUUGAGCUUUAGCAUUGGUUCUAUUUUUAACUGUAUUUUCACUACACUCCUCUCAGGGCUUGGUAUCUCAGCCCUCUGAUAAAGACAUGUCACUAGUGGAGUGCUGGCUGAUGAUGUGUGGGACAGUCAUGCUUCGGUUGACUGGUGAGGGCCAUGGUGACAGUUACUGGUGAGGGCAUUUUGGUCUCUCAGCCCAUACUAAAAGUUUCUGAAACUAAGUUUGCAGCUCAUUUUCAGUGUUUCCCCGAUUAUUUUUUUAAGCAGUGGUGGCAAAGUUGAGAGAAAAUUUGCCAACGGGCUGAAAGACAAUUUGUAGUUUUAAUGCUCAUUUCCUGCAAUUCUGCACAUUUUGCCAUGGCUUACACCGUGUUCUUACAGUGCCUUCAUAAAGUAUUCACACCCCUUGACUUUUUCCACAUUGUUGUGUUACAGCCUGAAUUUAAAAUUGAUUUUUUGUCACUGGCCUACACACAAUACCCCAUAAUGUCAAAGUGGAAUUAUGUUUUUGGAAAUUUGUACAAAUUAAUUAAAAAUGAAAUGCUGAAAUGUCUUGAGUCAAUAAGUAUUCAAACCCUUUGUUAUGGCAAACCUAAAUAAGUUCAGCAGUAAAAAUGUGCUUAACAAGUCACAUAAUAAGUAGCAUGGAUUCACUCCGUGUGCAAUAAUAGUGUUUAACAUGAUUUUUUGAUAACUACCUCAUCUCUGUACCCCACAUAUACAAUUAUCUGUAACGUCCCUCAGUCGAACAGUGAAUUUCAAACAAAGAUUCAACCACAAAGACCAGGGAGGUUUUCCAAUGCCUCGCAAAGAAGGGCACCUAUUGGUAGAUGGGUAAAAAAAAAAAGCAGACAUUGAAUAUCCCUUUGAGUACAUUGAAUAUCCCUUUGAGUAUGGUGAAGUUAUUAAUUACACUUUAGAUGGACUAUCAAUAUACCCAGUCACUACAAAGAUAAAGUCAUCCUUCCUAACACAGUUGCUGGAAAGGAAGGAAACUGCUCAGGGAUUUCACCAUGAGACCAAUGGGGACUUUAAAACAGUUACGGAGUUUAAUGGUUGUGAUAGGAGAAAACUGAGGAUGGAUCAACAACAUUGUAGUUAUGCCAUAAUAAUAACCUAAUUAACAGAGUGAAAAGAAGGACGUUCGUACAGAAUAUAAAUAUUCCAAAACAUGCAUCCUGUUUGCAACAAGGCACUAAAGUAAUACUGCAAAGAUGUGGCAAUGCAAUUCACUUUUUGUCCUGAAUACAAAGUGUUACGUUUGGGGCAAAUCCAAUACAACACAUUACUGAGUACCACUCUCCAUAUUUUCAAGCAUAGUGGUGGCUGCAUCAUGUUAUGAGUAUGCUUGUAAUUGUUAAGGACUGGGGAGUUCUUCAGGAUAAAAAAUUACCAAGAAGACAGUUACAGUUUUGACUUAAAUCUACUUGAAAAUCUAUGGCAAGACCUGAAAAUUGGUUGUCUAGCAAUGAUCAACAACCAAUCUGACAGAGCUUGAAGAAUUUUGAAAAUAAUAAUGGCCAAAUAUUGCACAAUCCAGGUGUGGAAAGCUCUAAGAGACUUACCCAGAAAAACUCACACAUGUAAUCGCUGCCAAAGGUGCUUCUACAAAUUAUUGACUCAGGGGUGUGAAUACUUAUGUAAAUGAGGUACAGUACUGUAUAUCUGGUUUUAGUCAUUUAAGUUUAUACUAAAACGUUUUACCAUCCCUACAAUUAUUUUCUAAAUUAUUAUAAUUUUUUAUCAUAUUUUUUGGAGUGGUGGCAAUAAUUUAGAAGUGGCGGCCCGCCGCUGCUAAAUGAAUAUAGGGGAAACACUGAUUUUGCUGUGGCCCUUAUCUCUGCUCGUAAAGAACUUGUGAUGGGUCAUGUUAGCCUCUCUGCCCUGCCCUGACCUGACUUUACAAUGCAAGAUUGAGGUCAGCACCAAUUCAGACCCUUUGAAAGCUUAUGGGAUAUUGACCAUUUUCAAUUUAUGGUCUGAGUGGAAAUGGCGUUCUUGACCCCAGCCAGCUCUGAGCCCUAUUCCUUACACAGUUAGGUCCCUAAGUGGUUGUACUGUGCAGUGUGACUGAUAAAGUCCAGAGGUUGCUGAUAGUAGGGUGGAAUGGAGGGUGAGGCAGGGGUCAGACAACACAGUGACACCUCAGUGGUGGCAUCAUGCCCUGGGCACUGAGAGGUGUUCCAGUCUGGCUGCUAUUCCCUCCUUCUCUCUCCACAGUCUCUCAGCUCUCCUUAUAUGGCUGUGACCUGACUCCCUUGGAGUGCACUUUAAAAAGGAGUUAACCGCUCAUUGUUACAUAAAGUACUGUCUAAGUUAGUUUUACAGCAUGAAAUGAAUUCUGUCAGUCUCAUUGGACAUUUUUCAGGUGAAAACAACUAGCUCACAAUAUUUAUUAACAGCAAUGUGGUCUGAUGUGGUCUACUCUGUGCCCCUGCCUCUGUCAGAAUGAUGAGGUGGUGCUGCAGUGCAUCUUCACGUCCCAACAGGAGCAUCUGAAGCUGUGCCUGGCUGCAGAGGGCUUUGGCUGCAGACUCUGCUGUCUGGAGUCCACCUCCAACUGCAAGGUAAAGCUUAAUCCCACAGCAUGGUCUUUGGAAUCAGAGAAUGCCAGAUCAGAGGAUUGAUAAGAGUCUGAUUCAUCAGGAAUGUGUGCACUGUGUUCCCCAGAAUAUUCCUCCAGACCUGUCAGUGUGUUCCUUUGUGCUGGCCCAGUGUCUGUCUGUCAGAGCUCUGCAGGAGAUGCUGGCUAACAGGGAGGACAAAGCAGCAGGGGUGAGCUAACAGCUUGGGUCUCAUUCCAAUAUGAGACGCUGCCUAACUAUAAGGGAUUUCUAUGAAGUCAUGGUUCAUAGUUGUAUUCUAAUAAAAGCCCUAGUUAUGUUGUGUUGUGCAGGCUGGACAGGGAGGUGGUCAUCGCACCCUCCUCUACGGUCAUGCUGUACUACUCAUACACUCCUACAGCAGGAUGGUGAGCGUUCUCUCUCUGGAGAACUAAGACUUUUCAUUUUGGUUGUGUCAAUCGCACGAGGGCACUCAUGUGUGUGAUUAUGCCGUGUAUUCCAGUCAUAAGGGAUUGUUCAAGGUUUCCUAUGUUUUCUGCUUCUUCAGUAUCUUUGCUGUUUGUCCACAUCCCAGUCUACGACAGAUAAGCUAGCGUUUGAUGUUGGUCUGCAGGAUGAUAAAACAGGUAUUUCGCAUCAUUUUAAAGAUGUGUUCUAGUGCUCGGUGAAACAUCAGAAAGUGCUUAUUUUGAUGAUGUUUAGAUUCAGUAGGCCUAUGAGUAGUAUGUCCUCUGUUCUGGCAAUAAACCACAUUCCAAACAAAUAAAAUAAAAAUGACCUGUGUGUCCAGGUGAGGCAUGCUGGUGGACCAUUCACCCUGCGUCCAAGCAGAGGUCAGAGGGGGAGAAGGUCCGUGUCGGGGACGACCUCAUCCUGGUCAGUGUGUCAUCUGAGAGAUACCUGGUGAGUGACCAGAGAAGUGCAUGAAGAUAUAUAAUGAGAUGUCAGGCAAGGCAGACAAGGCAGGUACCCUUCAAAGAGGAGAGACAUAGCUAACGUGCUAAUGUUUGAAUAAACUUCAAUAGUGUCUGAAUAAUAACAGCCACUUCAUGGAUGGUUUAUUUAGAAACUGUUUCCAUUAUGUGUAAUCCUUGUUAGUCCUGAUCUCUCGAUCCUCCAUAGCUGUCAUGAUCUUGUUUUCAUGCAGCAUAUGUCCUAUGGAAGUGUGAUAGACAAUACGAGUGAGAGUGGCAGUCUUAUUGUGGACGCAGCCUUCCAGCAGACCCUCUGGAGGGUCGCCCCCAUCUGUUCUGGGAGUGGAGUUGCUCAAGGCAGGUUGCCUCUUUCUGUCAUUACAGAGAACACAACCUAUAUGCACAUUACAGCUGCUGCCAUUUUGGGAGUGUAUUCUAUAUGGGAUAUUAUUACGUGUUAUUUCUUGAUUGUAGUCCUUGACUUUCCUUUGUGUGCUAAUCAUAGGGUAUCUGAAGGGUGGGGACACGUUGAGGCUGCUGCAUGGACACACAGACGAGUGUCUGACUGUCCCGUCUACAGACCAGGGGGAGGAGCUACGCAAGUAAGUCACAGAGUCACACCCAUACACAUCUCAUACACGACCAAGCAUUUUGAUUAUUUAAAUGCUCCCAAUCAUUCACUCAUGCAAGCCUGUGCUCUCUCAUCUCUCACUCUCUCGCUCUCGCUCAUGUCCCCAGGGCGGUGCACUAUGAGGGUGGAGCAGUGUCCAGUCAUGCCCGCUCUCUCUGGAGGCUGGAGAUACUGCGUGUUGCGUAAGUCUCUCACAUCUCUUUCUCAUACCCCUCAUACACUGAUUUUCCAAAUCCACCCCAUAAGAUGCAGGCAUGUGUAUCUGUGGUCGUUAAAGAUGCGCUCACUUGUAUUUGGUCAGGUACAGUGGUAACGGUAAGAUGAGGUAAUACUGUUUGCACACUGCAAAAAUAAUGAUAGGAUUUGAGUGCGGACAGCAUUCUUCCCUCUCCUUACCGCUGCUGCCGUAGCUCCAUGCACUUACUGCAUACUGACUGAGCUCCAGCUGACUGAGCAUAACAACUAUUUCCAACAGCUGGAGUAGUAGCCACACACGCUGGGGUCAGCCAUUCCGGCUCCGCCAUGUCACCACAGGGAGGUACUUGAGUCUGACCGAGGAGAGAGGCCUUCACCUGGUGGACAGGGAGAGGGCUGACGUGAAGUCCACAUCCUUCUGCUUCCGACCCUCCAAGGUCUGAGGUCAAAUACCAAAUUCACUGUUUUUUGUCUACCCCAAAUACAUAGGCCAUAUCUGAUACCCAGCUGUGUCAAUUGUUGAUGUUGACCAGAAUUACAUUUCCACAUCAAUCUUUAGGAGAAGCUAGAAUUUGGCCCAAAGAAGGACAUUGAUGGUAUGGGUGCCCCAGAGAUCAAGUAUGGAGACUCCAUGUGCUACGUCCAGCAUGUGGACUCUGGUCUAUGGCUCACCUACCAAGCCAUCGAUGCCAAGUGUGCCCGCUUGGGAGCAGUGCAGCGCAAGGUAAUAUAUUGUAUUUUUCCAGUACUUAUUUCACACUGUAGGCUUACUCAGUAUUUGAGUCAUUGCUUGGACAUAUGCGUAGCUUUUAUUUGUAUACUUUUUUUGCUGCUAAAUAUGUACUGUAUUGUGUUUUGUUGUCACAUUGUCCUAUGACCUUUUCUCUAGGCAAUUAUGCACAGUGAGGGUCACAUGGAUGACGGUCUGAGCCUGUCCCGUUCUCAGAGGGAGGAGUCCCACACGGCCAGACUCAUCCGCAGCACCGUCCUCCUCUUCACAGACUUCAUCAGGUAGGCCAUCACACAGCCCUCUGGGAAACCUGGCUAACUGGGUUCCCCCAGUGAGGGAUUUAGCUGAGGUAACAGUGUGAUUGGUUGAGAGUGCAGAGUGUGAUGGAGCCAUUGUGUAGUUUGUGGACAUUUGGGCUUGUAUUAGCAAGGCCUGGAAACAAAAAAUCUAUGUAAUGUAUAAAUUGUUAAUUUAAUAUUUUCUAUCUUCUCUCAAUCUCCUCUCUUGUUUUUAGGAGACUUGAUGGUCUCAGUCAGCGAGGGAACAUCCCCUCCUUCAACUUGCCACUGGAGACAGUGGGCCUGAGUCUGCAGGAUCUGAUUGGCUACUUCCAGCCACCUGGGGAGGGGCUAGGACAUGAGGCCAAGCAGAACAGUGUGCGAGCGCUGAAGAACAGACAGAAUCUAUUUCAAGAGGAGGUAAUAGUGAUUUCUAUAGCCUUGAGGCCCUUGAAUCUACUGUCCCCAGAAGUGACUCAACAAAAUACGUCUUCUGCAUUUGUAUUGUCAGGGAUGUUUUUGUUCAGAAUUGUGCUAUUUUAUCUAUUGAUAUCUCUUUCUCUUUCAGGGGGUCAUCGGUUUGGUCCUUGACUGCAUUGAUCGUUUACACCUGUACAGCAGCGCAUCUCAUUUUGCUGUAGCUGCUGGGAAGGAGGCAGGAGAUGAGUGGGAGAACAUCCUCAACUCCUUCUAUGAACUACUGGGUGAGACUCAGCAUCAAAUACUCUGUGACAUCUGUCAAUAAGAUCUUCAUGCACUACCACCCCGCAUUCGACUGACUACAAGCAAAUGAUGCAUGGGAAAUCUGUACAGAUCUACAAGUAAAAAGUCAUACUUAGUUUCAUAGUUUCAUCCUUUGUUUUCUAUUCCCCUCAAGCUGUUCUUAUCAGGGGAAAUCGCAGGAAUUGUGCCCAGUUCUCAGGCUCCCUGGACUGGCUGGUGAGCAGGCUGGAGAGACUGGAGGCCUCCACUGGUAAGUGCAUCAUUUUGGGGUUCUACUUUUACCCAUUACCUCUUAGGACAAGAAUAGUCCCUUACAGAAAAACCACAUGAUUUCAUGUGAAAUUUCACGUUUUUGGAACUCUUCACAUGGUUAGUUUCAUGUCAUCACAUGUUGCUUUAUGUGUUGUCGCAUGUUAUCACAUUAACUUCACAUAAGAUCACGUUUUCACAUGAAAUGGCUUCUACCCCCAAAGCCAUAAGACUCCUGAACAGCUAAUCAUGGCUACCCGGACUAUUUGCAUCGUUGAUUUUAAACGUGUUUUUGGAACACUUCACAUGUGAUCAUGUGAAAUUCAUGUGAUUCUUCAGUAAGGGGUGACACACAUUAGAUGUUACAUGUAGAUGCUGCCACUAAGUUGUGUCUGUUGUGUAGGGGUCCUGGAGGUUUUACACUGUGUCCUUGUGGAGAGUCCUGAGACUCUCAACUUUAUAAAGGAAGGACACAUUAAAUCCAUAAUCUCUCUACUGGAUAAGCAUGGGCGGAACCAUAAGGUAGAUACUCUCUCAGUAUCAUUUCUCUGUUAAUUAAUUGUGUUUUAUUGAAAUAUUAACUUGAUUUAUUGACAUAUUAACCUGUUUGUGGUUUUAUCCCAGGUCCUGGAUGUGCUGUGUUCUCUCUGUGUGUGUCACGGUAUGGCAGUGCGUUCCAACCAGCAUCUGAUCUGUGAUAACCUGCUACCAGAGCGAGACCUGCUUCUCCAGACUCGCCUCGUUAACCAGGUCACCAGGUACACAACCGUUAAUCACCCUCUGACUCACACUGACUUUUCCAUUUUUUUUGUAUUUUCUUUUUAGCCGCUUUUUCUCUCCAAUUUUGUGCUAUCCAAUUACAAUCUUGUCUCAUCGCUGCAACUCCCCGACAGGCUCGGGAGAGGAGAAAGUUGAGUCAUGCGUCCUCCAGAAACAUGACCCGCCAAACCGCGCUUCUUAACACCCACCCGCUUAACCUGGAAGCCAGCCGCACCACUGUGUCGGAGAAAACAACCGAAGUCAGCCUGCACUCCCGCCACAAGGAGUCACUAGAGCACAAUAAGCCAAGUAAAGCCCCCCUCAGCCAAACCCUCCCCUAACCCGGACGACGCUGGGCCAAUUGUGCGCCACCCUAUGAGACUCACGGUCAAGGCUGGUUGUGACACAGCCUGGGAUCGAUGCGCCACUUGGGAGGUUGACAUUUCCAUUCCUUAAUACAUAAGUUUACUUCCCAAGUAUUGCCAUGGUUAUUUAAAGAAAAACUGCUUCUGUGAAAGUGUCAUCAAAACACCUUAGUUUGUUACAUAACAUUGUUACAUAACAUUUUUGACUUUUCGUACCCUUUAGCUUUGAUAUCCUUGUUUUCCAUUUCAACACUUGACUGCUCUUCAUCUUCUGAGCUCUCAAAGGCAAAUUCACAAGCAACGUCUCUGUCACUCCCACAGCUCUUUAUAUAUUCACCGCUCCCCUGCUCCUUCUCUCUGCUCUUAAUGCUCCCGCUGUACUCUUCCUCUCCUUAAAGGUUAUCCUGCUUUGCUUGGUCCUUCUCUUUCUCCUCUCCUUCAUUUUUAUUCCCUUCUCUCCAACCCUGCUCUCCUUGCCUGGGAGGCUCAGAUGCUCCCCCCAUCUCCAUCUCUCUCACCUUCAUUUAUUUCUCUAGACGUCUCAGGGUCUCAGCCAGUCUGGCCUCCAUUUCCAGCCUCUUUUUCUCUCUUCUCCUCCUCCAUUUUCUUCAUCUCCAUCUCCAGCCUCCUCUUUUCUUCUUCUACCCUUUGAUCGAGGGAACUCUCCAUCUCUUUCCGAAACUCAUCCCUCUUCCUGUCCAACUCCCUCUGUAUCUUUUUCUCCCUUUUUAGUUUCUCUCUCUCCAUUUCUGCCCUCUCAGUCUCCCUGAUCUUGGCAAUAGUCUCCAUUUCCCUCAUUCUCCUGUCUUUUCUCUGUCUCUUUUCCUCUACCUUCCUCUCUCGUUCUCUCACACUUUCCUCCCGUCCCACCAACUCCUUUCUCAGCUCGUCCAUCAUAUUCAACCUACAGGGAGCACUCAUUUUCGUAGUGCUAUCGCUUAUUUCCAACUGUCUCUCUUCUGUUUUCUAGUCUAUAUUUAAUUAGAAUUACAUUGUGACAUUGCACUGGGUCAUGUUGCCAUAGACACUUUUUUCUAGAGUUACUUUGUCAACAAUCACUGACAACAUUCUGACAUAAUGUUUGAUACCCAUGACUAUAGUUCUGUGCAGCAUGGUACACAUCAUAGAAAUAUGUAAGGGAUAAUCAACGAGGGGCUAUGCGUUCUCUGGAAAAUAAUGAACGACGUGGAAGGUGUGUUCCACAAUGCUAGCGGAGUGGAACUAACCUUCCACGGAGAACACAUAGAGCCCCGAGUUGAUUAUCCCUUUUAUACCAUGGCUCUAAUUAAACAUAUUUGCCGUUAGAAAUGUGUUCAUUUGCAGUUAGAAAUGUGUUCAUUUGCAGAUAGAAAUGUGUUCAACAUCCACUGAAGUAGCUAGCAAGUUUCUAGAUCGCGACUGUAGUUGCAUUGGUAACCAAACAAACAGACUUGCUAGUUUAGCUAACCAAACCAUCAGUCCUAGCUUGCUAUUAUGAAAAUAUAUAUUGAAAAUAUAUUAUUAUUAUUAUUAAUUAUUAUUAUUAAAAUUGAAUUCAACAAUGCCAAUAAUGUUUUCAAUUGGACUUUUGCUUUCAAAAGCAGCUCAAACAUAGAACAUGUAUGAACUAUAGCCAUUGAAUUGUACCGUGCAAAUAUAGGGAAAUAAUACACGCUCCAGAAUGCCCUUCAUAUAAAAUGAUUAUAUGGUACACAUAUCAGAGAUGUCAUCAAAGUAAUGAUGACCAUACCAAUAAAACCAAUGCCAGUGACCACAUACUUACAUACAUACACCUUUCUAUUGAAAGAAUAAUCCUUCACCAUCAAAUAUACAGAGAAGAUGAGCAUUUGAUUGGAAAUUAGUUAUCAUAUAUUUAUGAUCAUUUCAACAUGAUAAUAUGAAACCACGUGACUAAGGCGAUAGCAAAUGCCAUCAGGAAGAGAGCAGAACUGCUGUUUUCCCCGCGAUUGCAAGAAUUGUUGUGCAUUGAGUACUUGUCAGAAUACAUGUUUCCCUCCCUAUGGCACUCGUAACUUGAAUGCACCUCGAGAGGAAUAUUUCCCUCGCAUACACUACCGGUCAAACGUUUUAGAACACCUACUCAUUCAAGGGUUUUUCUUUAUUUCUUACUAUUUUCUACAUUGUAGAAUAAUAGUGAAGACAUCAAAACUAUGAAAUAACACCUAUGGAAUAAUGUAGUAACCAAAAAAGUGUUAAACAGAUCAAAAUAUAUUUUAUACUAGAGAUUCUUCAAAUAGCCACCCCCUGCCUUGAUGACAGCUUUGCACACUCUUGGCAUUCUCUCAACUAGCUUCAUGAGGUUGUCACCUGGAAUGCAUUUUAAUUAACAGGUGUGCCUUCUUAAAAGUUAAUUUGUGGCCAAUUAGUUGUGUUGUGACAAGGUAGGGGGGGUAUACGGAAGAUAGCCAGUUCAUCAUUACUUUAAGACAUGAAGGUCAGUCAAUACAGAACAUUUCAAUAACUUUGAAAGUUUCUUCAAUUGCAGUCGCAAAAACCAUAAAGCGCUAUAAUGAAACUGGCUUUCAUGAGGACCGCCACAGGAAUGGAAGACCCAGAGUUACCUCUGCUGCAGAGGAUAAGUUCAUUAGAGCUACCAGCCUCAGAAAUUGCAGCCCAAAUAAAUGCUUCACAGAGUUCAAGUAACAGACACAUCUCAACAUCAACUUUUCAGAGGAGACUGCGUGAAUCAGGCCUUCAUGGUCGAAUUACUGCAAAGAAACCACUACUAAAGGACACCAAUAAGAAGAAGAGACUGGAUUGGACCAAGAAACACAGGCAAUGGACAGUAGAUUGGUGGAAAUGUGUCCUUUGGUCUGAGUCCAAAUUUGAGAUUUUUGGUUCCAACCACCGUGUCUUUGUGAGACGCAGAGUAGGUGAACGGAUGUGAAUCAGGCCUUCAUGGUCGAAUUGCUGCAAAGAAACCACUACUAAAGGACAUCAAUAAUAAGAAGAGACUUGCUUGGGCCAAGACACAAGCGCAAUGGACAUUAGACUGGUGGAAAUGUGUCCUUUGGUUCCAACCGCUGUGUCUUUGUGAGAUGCGGUGUGGGUGAACGGAUGAUCUCCGCUUGUGUAUUUCCCACCGUAAAGCAUGGAGGAGGAGGUGUUAUGGUGUGGGGGUGCUUUACUGGUGAUUUAUUUAGAAUUCAAAGCACACUUAACCAGCAUGGCUACCACAGCAUUCUGCAGCGAUACGCCAUCUGGUUUGGGCUUACUUUUUAUUCAAGCCCUCCAAAUCUGAUAGCUUUUCUUCUUUAAAGUGGUUUCCACAUGUUUAUUGAAUAGGGCGCUAACAUUAUCCCCAUUACCCCUUUAUUCAUCCCUCCUGAACAAAAACAACACAAUUCCCUCUAGUAAAACAAACAAACAAAAUAAGAAAGAAACAAACCAAUUAAACUAAUAUCUGUUAGACCAAUCACUAUAAGACAAACAAGUGCUCCAUUGUCAUAAGUAUUUUGUCCAGUUGCUGAAAGUAAAGAGGAACUGUAUUCAUCACACAUCUCCCCUCUCCUCUUUACCAAAGCAUGAGGCCCAACAUCUUCCUGGCCCUGGGUGAUGACUCGGUCCAGUACAGGAGGUGGUACUAUGAGAUGACUGUAGACCAGGUGGAGCCCUUCCUCACGGCUGAGCCCACUCACCUGCGUGUGGGCUGGGCCAACACUGAGGGGUACCACCCCUAUCCCACGGGUGGAGAGGGCUGGGGGGGCAACGGGGUAGGAGAUGACCUCUGGUCCUAUGGCUUUGACGGGCUGUACCUCUGGUCAGGUGAGGGAACACUACGUGAAGGGAAGAUUAUUGAAUGUGCGCUGGUGUUAUUAUGUGUGGGAUAGGAGCAGUUUCAUUGAAAUAAAAGUCUUCACAAUCAUGAAGCAAAUGCAUCUGUCAUUUUUGCCGUUAACUUUUUGUUAUUAGUUUAUUUUGUUUUAUUACUCAAGUUGCAGGGAAAAGCAUUUUGUACAGAAUAUACGUCUGCCAACUAUGAAUGUGAAGUCUGGUACUCUAUCUGUCCUGUACAUCAGGCUGUGUUGGCCGGAGAGUGAGCUCUCUUUAUCACCACCUGCUGAGGGAGGACGAUGUGGUCAGCUGCUGCAUUGACCUCGUUGCCCCCUGCAUUUCCUUCCGGGUCAACGGGCAGCCAGUUCAGGGCAUGCUGGAGAACUUCAACACUGACGGACUGCUCUUCCCAGUGGUCAGCUUCUCUGCUGGAGUCAAGUGAGACUAUUACCUAUAUGUAUUGUUGUCAUACUUUCCUUUCUUUCAAUGCAUCUACAGUGGGGAGAACAAGUAUUUGAUACACUGCCGAUUUUGCAGGUUUUCCUACUUACAAAGCAUGUAGAGGUCUGUAAUUUUUAUCAUAGGUACACUUCAACUGUGAGAGACGGAAUCUAAAACAAAAAUCCAGAAAAUCACAUUGUAUGAUUUUUAAGUAAUUAAUUUGCAUUUUAUUGCAUGACAUAAGUAUUUGAUACAUCAGAAAAGCAGAACUUAAUAUUUGGUACAGAAACCUUUGUUUGCAAUUACAGAGAUCAUAUGUUUCCUGUAGGUCUUGACCAGGUUUGCACACACUGCAGCAGGGAUUUUGGCCCACUCCUCCAUACAGACCUUCUCCAGAUCCUUCAGGUUUCGGGGCUGUCGCUGGGCAAUACGGACUUUCAGCUCCCUCCAAAGAUUUUCUAUUGGAUUCAGGUCUGGAGACUGGCUAGGCCACUCCAGGACCUUGAGAUGCUUCUUACGGAGCCACUCCUUAGUUGCCCUGGCUGUGUGUUUCGGGUCGUUGUCAUGCUGGAAGACCCAGCCACGACCCAUCUUCAAUGCUCUUACUGAGGGAAGGAGGUUGUUGGCCAAGAUCUCGCGAUACAUGGCCCCAUCCAUCCUCCCCUCAAUACGGUGCAAUCGUCCUGUCCCCUUUGCAGAAAAGCAUCCCCAAAGAAUGAUGUUUCCACCUCCAUGAUUCACGGUUGGGAUGGUGUUCUUGGGGUUGUACUCAUCCUUCUUCUUCCUCCAAACACGGCGAGUGGAGUUUAGACCAAAAAGCUCUAUUUUUGUCUCAUCAGACCACAUGACCUUCUCCCAUUCCUCCUCUGGAUCAUCCAGAUGGUCAUUGGCAAACUUCAGACAGGCCUGGACAUCCGCUGGUUUGAGCAGGGGGACCUUGCGUGCGCUGCAGGAUUUUAAUCCAUGACGGCGUAGUGUGUUACUAAUGGUUUUGCACUUCUUCCAUUUUCUAAUAAUUGCGCCAACAGUUGUUGCCUUCUCACCAAGCUGCUUGCCUAUUGUCCUGUAGCCCAUCCCAGCCUUGUGCAGGUCUACAAUUUUAUCCCUGAUGUCCUUACACAGCUCUCUGGUCUUGGCCAUUGUGGAGAGGUUGGAGUCUGUUUGAUUGAGUGUGUGGACAGGUGUCUUUUAUACAGGUAACGAGUUCAAACAGGUGCAGUUAAUACAGGUAAUGAGUGGAGAACAGGAGGGCUUCUUAAAGAAAAACUAACAGGUCUGUGAGAGCCGGAAUUCUUACUGGUUGGUAGGUGAUCAAAUACUUAUGUCAUGCAAUAAAAUGCAAAUUAAUUACUUAAAAAUCAUACAAUGUGAUUUUCUGGAUUUUUGUUUUAGAUUCCGUCUCUCACAGUUGAAGUGUACCUAUGAUAACAUAUACAGACCUCUACAUGCUUUGUAAGUAGGAAAACCUGCGAAAUCGGCAGUGUAUCAAAUACUUGUUCUCCCCACUGUACCUAUAUUUCAGGAGUGCUUUUCUGAAAACAAAAUUUUCCAUUUCUAUAUGAACGUGAUCUGAUUCUGUACCAAUGUCCAAGUAAUUAAUGUGUGGCUCUGUCUGAUCCAAUCUAUCGUGGUGUUUGUCUGGACUGUUUGAUCCCAGGGUGCGUUUUCUGCUGGGUGGGCGACAUGGAGAGUUCCAUUUCCUGCCCCCUCCAGGCUUCGCCCCAUGUUCCGAGGCUCUGCUCCCCAGGAUGAAGCUGAGGGUGGAGCCGUGUCAGGACUUCACCCAGGACCAACACCUUCAGGGCCCCACUGUACCCCUCACCCCAGCAACCUUUACCCCUAGUCCAGUAGACAUCAGCCAGGUACCAAAUCCAGUAGUACUUUGACCUCUGUACAGUCUAUGCACGUUUGACCAUGGCCUUUAAAGCAUGUCGGUGCACACAACCUACUUUAGCUAGGUAAAAACAGAGUAGGACCUAUCUUCUCUCUAUUAUCAUAUACCCCAACCCCAUGUGGUUCCUUAGGUGGUGUUGCCCCUUCAACUGGAGCAUAUUUGUGAGAGACUAGCAGAGAACACCCAUGAGCUGUGGGUCAUGGACAAGAUUGACCUUGGAUGGACCCAUGGGGCUGUGAGUGAUGCAACUACUGAAUGGGUUAUGGCCUCGUAUUCAAAUCCCUCACAUACAUUCCUGUUUCUUGGUCAACUGAUUGAAUGGUUUCCAUAGCAAGCUGUUCACAGCUGUACAUGUCUACAGUAUAUAUGUAUUUUGACCGAUGUGUAUUGUGAUGUAGGUGAGAGAUGACAAUAAGAAGCAGGACCCCUGUCUGGUGGAGUUCUCCAGGCUCCCAGAGCAGGAGCGGAACCACAACCUUCAGAUGUCCCAGGACACUCUCCGGUAAGCCUCCGCUGCCAUUCACACAUUCACACCAAAAGGACCUGUCAAGACACUUAUUUUGGGUUUAUUCUCUUCUUUGUGAAGGACUCUCCUUGCCUUUGGUUUGCAUAUUGGACUGGCAGAUGACCGUGCUGAUGAGGGAAUGAGAUACAUGAGGCUCUCCAUCAAGUAUGUAGCUAUACUCUUGAGACUCUUUAUGAGUGAGUGAGUGAAUGUUCCUCCUGUUUUUUUGUAGUAAAUUAACCCUUCCUCUGCUGUCUAGGUAUGAGAUGCCGAGUGGGUAUAGACCAGCCCCGGUAGACCUGAGCCACGUCACCCUGAGUCCUGCCCAGGAGGCGGUGGUGGAGCUGCUGGCUGAGAAUGAUCACAAUGUGUGGGCCAGGGACCGGAUCAGGCAGGGCUGGACCUACAGCUCACACCAGGUAAGCUUUGAUACAAGGGUAGACCCAGCCAAACUACAGCAGUGGAGUGAAUGAAAUAUCUACUUUACCAAGAGCCUUGAAAUAGAGGACGACAAGAAUGUUAGCUGGUCUUUUGAUAGUGGUAAGCCUGGUUUGUCAUUGUGGGAUGAGAAGACCUUUCUGAUAUGUCUUGAUGAAGGAUUUGAAGGUGUUUAUUGUAAGGCUAAGUCCAGGAGCAGACUAGUUUGGUUUAUACAGUGAGUGUAAAAAACAUUAAGAACACCUUUCUAAUAUUGAGUUACACCCCCUUUUGCCCUCAGCACAGCCUCAAUUCAUCGGGGCAUGGACAUUUACAUUUGACAUUUUAGUAAUUUAGCAGACGCUCUUAUCCAGAGCGACUUACAGUUAGUGAGUGCAUACAUUAUUUAUUUAUUUAUUUUUCAUACUGGCCCCCCGUGGGAAUCGAACCCACAACCCUGGCGUUGCAAACGCCAUGCUCUACCAACUGAGCUACAUCCCUGCCGGCCAUUUCCUCCCCUACCCUGGACGACGCUGGGCCAUUUGUGCGCCGCUCCAUGGGUCUCCUGGUCGCGGCCGGCUACGACAGGUGUUGAAAGCGUUCCACAGGGAUGCUGGCCCAUGUUGACUCCAAUGCUUCCCACAGUUGUGUCAAGUUGGCUGCAUGUCCUUUGGGUGGUGGACCAUUAUUGAUACACACGGCAAACUGUUGAGCGUGAAAAACCCAGCAGUGUUGGAGUUCUUGGCACACUCAAACCGGUGCGCCUGGCACCUACUACCAUACCCCGUUCAAAGGCACUUUGAAUGGCACACACACAAUCCCAUGUCUCAAUUGUCUCAAGGCUUGAAAAUCAUUAUUUAACCUGUCUCCUCCCCUUCGUCUACACUGGUUGAAGUGGAUUUAACAAGUGACAUCAAUCAGGGAUCAUAGCUUUCGCCUGGAUUCACCUGGUCAGUCUAAUGUUUCGUACACUCAGUGUAUGUGAUAGUAAUAUAGCGGUAAUGAGUGCUAACUCAUUCUCUCUGGUUCUUCUAGGAUGUGAAGGCCAAGCGGAGCCCCCACCUGGUGCCCUACAGCCUGCUGGAUGAGAGGAGCAGACAGUCCGGCAGAGACAGUGUGAGGGAGGCCGUGUGCACCCUGCUGAGCUAUGGCUACAGUCUGGAGCCCCUGGACCAGGACAGAGGUAUGGAUGAAUUCACAUUCCGCAUUAGCAAUGAUUUUAAUCAUUAUUAUCAUCUUAUACACCUCUAAUCAUUAUUAAAAUAGGUUAUUGUAAUGUGCUGUUACUCCUUUGGAUUUCAGCUGUGAUGCCAGACCCAUGUCACACAGCGGCUGAGAAGUUCAGGAUCUUCAGGGCAGACAAGUUGUAUGCUGUGACCAGGGGGAAGUGGUACUUUGAGUUUGAGGCAGUGACGGCAGGGGACAUGAGGGUAGGCUGGGCUCGUCCCCACUGCACACCGAAUGGGGAACUAGGAUCAGACAUGCAGGCUUUUGUGUUUGACGGCUCCAAGGUGAGAAGACUGAAAUUACUACUGGUGACAUGCUGUAAUCAACAAUAUUAUGUAGGCUACAUACCCAAGUUCGCACUAUUAGAAGUGAGUCAUGGAUUGGACAUUACAUGCAGCUUGGUGUGUAGCCAUUGGUAAGGUCUCUUGCAAAUGCUCACUUCUGUCUCUCACACACAGGCCCAGUGGUGUCACCAGGGAGGUGAGCCCCUGGGUCGGCCCUGGCAGAGUGGUGACGUGGUGGGCUGUAUGGUUGACAUGGGAGAAUGCACCAUGAUGGUCACUCUCAAUGGAGAGGUGCUUUUGAACGACCGAGGAUCAGAGCUGGCUGCCAAGGACUUUGACAUCAGCCAGGGUUUGUUAAUUUGGCAAAUAUCUUCUUCCUCCUAAAAACCAACUUGAUGUGUUGACCUGAUGGUUUUCCCUCCUCCUCCUGUUCCUGUCGUUCCUAGGCUUCCUCCCUGUGUGUAGUCUCGGGGUGAACCAGAAGGCCAGGCUGAAUCUGGGUCGUGACGUGGCCUCGCUGUGUUACUUCACAGUGUGUGGCCUACAGGAAGGUUAUAAGCCAUUUGCUGUCAACAUGGCCAGAGACCCAGCCCUGUGGAUGAGCUGGAGACAACCACAGUUCAUCCCUGUACAGACAGACCAUGAUAGCAUACAGGUUAGUCACCACACAACCACAAGCCAACCUGACCUGAACCAGGGGGGUAUACUACAAAGCAGGAUCAAUGAGUUAGCCGGCUAACUUCGGUAAACAACCAGAAAUAACAAUUGAUUUGAUUAGGGCUGACCCCAUUUAGUCGACUAGUCGAUUGUUUGGUCGAUAGGCUGUUGGUCGACCAAGAUUUUCUUAGUCGAGCAGUCUAAAAUAAAAUAAAAUGGACUAAUGCAUUGCGGAGGCCAUGGGGAUUGCACACCAGUAUCACCAGUAGUACAUUUACCAUUAAUUCACAUAAUUUCUAAUCUACAAUGUUUGCUUGGUUACGGUAAAUUAUGUUAAUUUGUACUGUUCACGUUGUUUGCGGACUGCACAACCUAGCUACACUUGUGAGGAACAAGUUUUGGUUUAUUUCAUUCCAUUUAGGAGUUUUCAAUGUAUUCAUUGUCGUUUGUUUGUAGCGCUCCUGUCAAUGUUGAGUAAGGACGCGUGCCUGAUUAUACGUAGAAGUAGGCCUAGGCUAUCUGGCCUACGCUCAAAUGUAGGCCUAUAAAUGUGUCCAUUUGGGGAUCUGAUAGUAUUUCUGAUUGUCUUAACUCACCACCACUGUGGAACUUCUCAAAGUAAUUUUUUAUUCAUCUCAAACAGCAAGUAAAUUAAGUCUGUUUUUACAUCCAUUGAGAAUGACAAUAGUUCCUCAACAUAGCCUAUUUGAAAACGUAUCUUUAGCGCGAUGAUACCUACAUUUAUUGAUUUAUUUGACAACGUGUCCACCCCGACAAUGAGAACGGUAAAAGACUGUAAUAAUAAUAUAUUGAAUGCAUUAGUGUCUGUCACUCUGAGGGCACAGAAUAUUGUAUACAAUGUUGCAAGUUUCCUAGCAGGAGCUUCAGGCCUGACCCAAGUUAAUAGUUGAUACAAUGUUCCGUACAGACAGUCCAUGCAUAGCCAAUGUGAUUUAUAGGAUAUUUAUUUUUAUCCGGAUAUUUUCUACCUGCAGGCUGCAAUGUUUUUAUUUGUUGGCUUUAUGUAGGCUAUUUUUACAUAGUUGGCAAUGGCAAUAUAAGUUACUUACUUUUGAUUAACCACAUGAUAAUGAUUUUGAGAUACAAAGACUUUAUUAUAAAUGAAAUUAAACUGUUCCACAAAAAUGUGCAUAUAAAAAUCAUAACUGGUACGCAGAUCAGUAGAAAUGGUAAGAUAAAUUGGCACUCCAAAUGGAAAAGGUUGCCGACCCCUGGUGUAGCCUAUUAGGAGUGCAACAGCAGGAGCGUAAUAGCAGAAUCGGCGAAGGCCAGCAGCAGCGGGUGGAAGAGGGUCGGGAACAUUUUUUUUUUCUUCUGGUUAGGCUAUCUUGAUCUCUGGCUCCCUUGAGUCAUUUGUGUGUCUUAAUUAUUUAAUCACAGUGUGCUUAAAGCAUCAGACAAGCUCAGUAGCAUACAUAUAGCUGAUUUUAUUUCAACACAUAGGGUGUGUCUAUAUAGGGAAAAAUACAUGUACACAUUUUUCGACUCUAGAACAGACAACUCUAGGUCGACCAAGAUUGUUUUUUAGUCGGGGACAGCCCUAGAUUUGAUACCUACUGACUAAAGUUAAACUUAAAUACCAUAUGUGUGUUUGGUUUUUCAGUCAAUUAGACCAUGCCCAUUUCAAGCUUAUCUUUCUAAAAAAUUGAAAUGUAUUUCAGAAUAUUUAUUCAAGUCAUUGAUCUUGCUUUGUAGUAUACCCCUCAGUACUGUAUGGGUCAAUCUCUCGACUACAAGCAUGUACAAGGGAGUUUAAUCUUACCAUUAUAUUUAGUAACACAGGUCUUAUCAUAGAAAUGUGAGUAUAAUUCUAUAAGUCUCUUUUCCAAGGUGACAAGAAUCACUGGGUCCACUGAGAGCCCACCAUGCCUAAAGGUUACACAAAGGUCAUUGGGACCCCAGAGUUGUGGCAGUGACAUGGGGUUCUACAGAAUCAGUAUGCCCAUAGAAUGUGCUGAGGCCCUCUCCAGACCAGUAGGGGCUACUCUACCAAUCAGCAGCAGUGUCUCCACAGCCAGGAAAGACCUGCAGGAGUUUGAGGUGGACUCUGACUUUGAGAUGCUGUUGAAAUCAUCUCAUGUUUACGCUGGCUCCAGCCAUGAUAAAACAUCCAAACUCAAACAACGGUAGGGAGAAGAAACCAGGCUAUGACAAACAAUACAUAUACUGUAUAAGGGAUUGGGAACAUUUUCAGAGGGAAAAAUGCUUGCAUUUCAUGGUGUUGAUAUGCAUUUAAUAAAGGUCAAUCUGUGUAUGUGUGCUCCUAGGUUCAUGUUGAAGAAACCCAAACCAGAGUUGAACAAAAGCCACUCAUCUGCCCGUCUACUGCAGGAGGUUCAUGCUGACAAAGACGACUAUGACCAUCUGGCCCAGUCCACUACGGUAAUACACUUUUACUCAUCAACUCUUCAUCAACUAUUUUGACCCAUUUUAGACAGAAGAUGUGGUAUAUUACCUGUACAAAAAUAUAAGGCAAUGUUUAUAUGAUUCCCUUUCAAACAGCCCCUUAUGAACCACUUUCUUGCAGGUAUACCCCUUUAAUAAUAAUAAUAACUUUAUUUGUAUAGAGCUUUUCAAUACAGGUAACAAUGUUCUUCACAUCAUAAAAUAAUACAAUAAAAUAAAAAUACUAACAAAGAAAGAAAAACAAGAGGAUAAAAAAAAAUGACAUGAGUCGUAAAAAUCAUGCAUUGAAAUCAAGCAUCUUUAUAAAAGAUGCAGGAUAUAAAAAGAGGCACUGAAUCUGCAAGCCUGAUCUCCUCUGGCAGACCGUUCCAAAGUCUAGGGGCCCUAAUGGCAAAUGCCAGGUCUCCUUUAGUUAUCACUCAGGCCCAGUGUUGUCACCAGGUAGGUGAGCCCCUGUGUCGGCCCUGGCAUAGGGCUGUAUGGUUGGCAUGAAAGAAUGCACCAUGUCAUGGUCGUCAGUGCCCUGCCAGAGGAUCUCAGGCUGUGUCCUGGCUCGUAGGGAGAUAACAGAUCUGAGAUAUAGGAUGGAGCUAAACCAAGCCUUAAACGUAAUGAAUAACAUUUUGAAAUAAAUUCUAAAAGUGACUGGUAGUGUAGAGAAGCUAAAAUAGGUGUGAUAUGGAUAAAUGACCUGGUGCCUGUUAAAAGCCGAGCAGCAGCGUUUUGAACUAACUAGACAAUGGAGUGAUUUCUGACUGAGACAAGUAUACAAAGAGUUACAGUAAUCUAGGCGUGAGGAAAUAAAAGUAUGUAUACGUUUCUCCAAAUCAGUGACUGAGUGACUUUUAUACAUAUCAGUGGGUAACUGGCAAAUUGGGAGGGGUGGGUGUGUUGUUAAACCAUGGGGGCUGUUUGCAUUUCAAAUUAGGGAGGUGUUAAACUAUGAAAGUGUUAAUGAAAAUACCUGCAUAAAGCAGAGAAGCAGUCACACAGCCCCGAUACCUGUAUUUUGGUAACAGGGUCUGUGAAAAUGCAGGAAUCAUGACUAGGUCUUUAGGUGGGUUUUAUUUUUCCAUGUUUUUUACCCCCUACACCUUUCAGGUGACCAAAAGGUAAAAAGAAGCAGGAAUGUUAAAAUAGUGGGAUUUUUGUCUGUGUAUGAAAGGGGUAAAGACAGCAAAGUCAAUUGAGGGCAUUUGUUAAAGAAAAUCAGUAACUGAUCUCCCUGUAAUCUUCCACAGUACUAUUACUCAGUUAGGGUGUUACCAGGUCAGGACCCUUCCACUGUCUGGGUGGGCUGGGUCACCUCUGACUUCCACCAGCACCAGCUGAACUUUGACCUGGAAAAGAUCCGCACAGUGACUGUCACCCUCGGAGACGACAUGGGCAAGGUCCAUGAGAGGUCUGUUUAAUAAGGGACAAAGCAACAUCAUUUUGUGUCUACAUUUUCUCUUGACACAUUUUGAUCAUAAUGUUUAAAAACAAGCACUGUAGUAUUAUUACAAUAAUGCUUUCAGACUAAAAAGUUAGAUUUGGACAUUCCCACGUUGUAUUUCUGUAUGUCAGUGUGAAACGUAGUAACUGCUACAUGGUGUGCGCCGGCGAGUGCACGGGCCUGGGUCAGAGCAGGAGGAGUGCUGGCCUGGCCAUAGGCUGUCUGAUAGACACCACCACUGGACUGCUAACAUUCAGCUCCAACGGCAUGGAGCUGGGGACCUUCUUUCAGGUAAAGUCUACUGCUAAUGGCAAUUAACAAUGUUGCAAUGACAAUGUUGCGUUGACAAAGAGAAGAAGGCUCCCAAAGCAAAUACAUAGUAGUCAUUAGUAUUUAAUGUGAGUUUGCGUUUUUCUCAAUAGGUUGAUUUAUAAAGAGAAGUUCCUACCAGUUGGGAUAUGAUAUGAUGUCUCUGAGCUAUUCAUACUAACUGACCAAACUGUUAUCAACCAGGUGGAGCCCAGCACCAGGCUGUUUCCUGCAGUCUUUGCCAAGGCCACCAGCUCCAAUGUGUUCCAGUUUGAGCUGGGGCGCAUAAAGGUAACCUAAAUGCCUUAUUCAUUGGUAACAAUGUGAUGCCUCUCUCAGUUUGUCCAAUUUAAAAUGUGUUGUUGAUUGCACUUUACAAAUACUAUACAAUCCCCUAAGCAUGUCCAUACUGUUUAGAAAAUAUAUACAUUUUACCAUAAUGGCCCUGCUACCAUAUCCACAGGGCUACAUUGUCUUGAAUGAAAAACCUUGUUAUUCUCUGUUCAGAACAUGCUACCCCUGUCAACGGGUCUGUUCAGGAGCCAGAGGAGGAAUGCUAUGCCCCAGUGUCCCCCCAGGCUGCAGGUGCAGGUGCUGUCGCCCGUCCUUUGGACCCGUGUACCAGACCACACCCUGAGGGUGCAGACUGCCCAACCUGAAGACCGCCUCGGCUGGAGGGUCCAGUGCUUAGAGCCCCUGCAGGUCAUGACCCUGCUCAUCCCAGAGGAGAACAGGUCAGAGGUCAAAGGCCAUAUUUACUAAUGCCUCAGAGCUUUCCAGCAGGAACGUGUUGAGUCAGGAAAUUGUUUACUGCCAAAGCAAAGACACAUUGUAACAUUGUAACAUUGCACUCUACAAUGCUCCCAACAAUUGAAUGGGUACACCUAAGCUUUUUUUACAUUGCAUUUAGGUCAUGCUAUUUCUCUCUCCCCCCUGUAGGUGUGUGGACAUCCUGGAACUCUCUGAGCUAGGUGACCUUCUGUCUUUCCAUCACCACACGCUGCUCCUCUACUCUGCCCUCUGUGCCCUGGGCAACACCCGUGUGGGCCACGCCCUCUGCAGCCACCUAGACCAAUCACAGCUCCUCUACGCUAUCCAGAGCCCCCGCCUCCCCGGGCCGCUCCGCUCCGCCUUCUACCACCUCCUGGGCCAGGUGCACCUCAGCACCCACGCCACGGCCCGCCUCGCUAUGAACCACGAGUACAUAGUCCCCAUGACGGAGCAGACCAGGGCCAUCACCCUCUACCCCAGCCCCAGGGCUAGUCGAAGCCCCCAGGGGGUGCCCAAAACGGGCAACAGCACCUCCCUCAGACCCCGGAUGCACUUCACCUCCCCCUGCUUCAUCAGAGGAGAUGGCAUGGGAGUCAAUGGUGAUAGUGGUGGUGAUGGCGUGGUUGCGACUGGGGAAGGCAUCCAUAUAGACAGCCCAGAAAUCCCACUGGACCUUCUGAAGGACCUGACAGUGAAGAUGCUGACUGAGGCUGUGUGGGCCAUGGGGCAGGGUGUGAGGGAUCCUGAAGGGGGCAGCAUUGAGCUGCUGCUGGUGCCCCUAAUUCGGCUGUUCCACACCCUGCUGGUGAUGGGAGUGUUUGGGGACGAAGACCUAGGGAAAGUGCUGACACUGAUCGAGCCUGGAGUCUUCUCCCGACAGGCAGAUUGUACCCAAGAAGAGGAGGAGGAGGAGGAAGAGCUGGAAGAAGAAGUUGUAACAGAUAGUGAUAGGGAAAGUGUGAUGGAGAGUGAGGGGAACAAAAGGAGGAACAUUCCAAAUCUUCCAACACAAGGACUGCUUCAGAUGAAGCUACCAGAAGCUGUCAAACUUGAGGUAGGAAGAAACACCUAGAUUUUGGGUCUGAUGUUUUCCUUUGUGGUAAAUGAUCUGUCUUCUCUGUCAAUACCUGACAUGAGCUCACCCCCCUGACAUGGAUGUUCCUGUCCCUCUCUGUCCAGAUCUGCCACCUGCUACAGUACCUGUGUGACUGUCAGGUGCGUCACAGGGUGGAGGCGGUGGUGGCCUUCUCAGACACCUUCGUGGGGUACCUGCAGGAGAACCAGCGCUUCCGCUACAACGAGGUGAUACAGGCUCUCCACAUGUCUGCUGCCCUCACCGCCCGCAAGACCAAGGAGUUCCGCUCCCCGCCACAAGAACAGGUCAGGGGACAGAGAGGAGACUGCUGAGAGGGAAACGUACACAGCUGGUCUAAGUGGCUAAGAUUAUUGGAGGGAUUAAAUAACUUGAAUACAAAAUAGACACAGAGAGACACUUUUUGUUCAUAGUUGUAUCUAAGCCUAUGUACACAAAGUGUCAAAUGUUUUAAAUAGAAUGAUAUAAUAAGAGCUCUGUGUACUGGAGCAUGACUGUAUCUCCUCUACCCCCCCCCCACUCAGAUCAACAUGUUACUGGGCUUCAGAGAGGAGCAGGGGGACUGUCCGUGUCCAGAGGAGAUCAGAGAGCAGCUGCUGGACUUCCACCAGGACCUCAUGACUCACUGUGGUAGGUGACCAGAUCAAUCUAGACUACUGUACUUCUGUCAGAGAGAAUAACCUGAACAGGUGGGUUGUCAUACAACAGUGUAAGCUUGUGUUAGAGAGCAUAGAGUUCAUAACUUGGCCUACUAAGCUUUUUAGAGACUUCGAAAGGGCAUGGUAUGGUACCUGGAAUGGCACCUCCUGUGUUUUUGUUAAUUACAUAUAUUUCUCCAAUGCCUUAUACAAUGUUCUGUUGGUUGGCUUACUAUGUGCAGGAAUUGAAGUUGAGAAUGACGCGGUUGUGGAGGAUUCCAAUCUCUCCAUCAAAGAUCGUCUCUUCAGCCUGGUUGGGAGAGUAAUCGGCUUGAAGAGGAGCUCUGCAGAUCCUGAAGAGGAAGACAGAGCACAGAAUACCAGUGAGCAAAGCUCCACAUCUGGGCGCAGGAUCAAUACAACAUUAAGUCGGCUACUAACAGUGGCCAUUGUCUCUCCCCCCAUAGUGACUCUUCAGCAGCUCAUCUCUGACACGGUGGUGCGCUGGGCACAGGAGUGUGUGAUGGAGAACCCAGCUCUGGUCAGGGCCAUGUUUUCUCUGCUGCACCGGCAGUACGAGGGCUUGGGGGGGCAGAUGGGCGCUCCCCUCCACAAGGCCUACACCAUCAGCCAGGUGUCAGUGGAGGACACUAUGGCCUUGCUGGCCUCUCUGGUCCAGAUUCGCUCUCUGCUCAGCGUCCGCAUGGGCAAGGAGGAGGAGAGACUCAUGAUCCGGGGACUGGGGUACGAAUGGAGAACUACUGCUAGUCCUCUUCUAGCUCUACUCUUGCCUCGCUAGAUAGAUGCCUAGCUAAACCAUGUCUUGAUUCAUAAUACAAGCUCUGUUCUGUGGAAAUGUUCAAAUGUAAUUUAAUUAACUUCCAAAAAUGGGAUCGCAACAUUGAGCCCAAAAACACAUUCGUUAUAUCUGUUCACCAAUCUUCAGCCCUGGAGCUGAAACCCUCCAUUGUUUAUUUCCUGUGCAGAGACAUAAUGAACAACAAGGUGUUCUACCAGCACCCCAACCUGAUGAGGGCUCUGGGGAUGCACGAGACGGUCAUGGAGGUGAUGGUGAACGUCCUGGGGGAGGGAGAGUCCAAGGUGAGACAGAUGUGAUAUGUAUAAAAAAAGAAUGAAUGUGUCCAUUGUGAGAAAAGUGAAUUAACUGGGAGUUGUUCUCUCUUCUUCUUUAGGAGAUCACCUUUCCUAAGAUGGUGGCCCAUUGCUGUCGCUUCCUUUGUUACUUCUGUCGCAUCAGUAGACACAAUCAGGGAUCUAUGUUCGAGCACCUCAGCUACCUGUUGGAUAAUAGCAGUGUUGGUCUAGGUGAGCUGUAGAAGACUAUACGAUUAACAGUAACUUGAAAUGCCAUUCUCUCUGUAUGUUUCCCAGUGUCAGCAACAGCAAAUCACCAACACUGUAAGGCUUAUAAUUAUUAUUAUUAUUAUUAUUGUGAUUUAAAUAUGUUUAAUACGCUCCUUAGCCUCUCCGAACAUGCGUGGAGCCACCCCUCUGGACGUGGCAGCUGCCUCUGUCAUGGACAACAACGAGCUGGCCCUGGCCCUGAGGGAACCAGACCUGGAAAAAGUGAGAAAGAUCUGUCCCUCCUUAUUUAUCUCCCUCAAUCUUUUUUCUGUCCCUGACUGCAUACAGUAUGUGUAAUCCUCUUAAGUCUGUUCAGCUCUCUCCUUUAACUUUAUUCUGUCUCUCUCUCUCUCUCUCUCUCUCUCUCUCUCUCUCUCUCUCUCUCUCUCUCUCUCUCUCUCUCUCUCUCUCUCUCUCUAUAUAUAUAUAUAUAUAUAUAUAUAUAUAUAUAUAUAUAUAUAUAUAUAUACAGUGAGGGAAAAAAGUAUUUGAUCCCCUGCUGAUUUUGUACGUUUGCCCAUUGACAAAGACAUGAUCAGUCUAUAAUUUUAAUGGUAGGUUUAUUUGAACAGUGAGAGACAGAAUAACAACAAAAAAAUCCAGAAAAAUGCAUGUCAAAAAUGUUAUAAAUUGAUUUGCAUUUUAAUGAGGGAAAUAAGUAUUUGACCCCUCUGCAAAACAUGACUUAGUACUUGGUGGCAAAACCCUUGUUGGCAAUCACAAAGGUCAGACGUUUCUUGUAGUUGGCCACCAGGUUUGCACACAUCUCAGGAGGGAUUUUGUUCCACUCCUCUUUGCAGAUCUUCUCCAAGUCAUUAAGGUUUCGAGGCUGAUGUUUGGCAACUCGAACCUUCAGCUCCCUCCACAGAUUUUCUAUGGGAUUAAGGUCUGGAGUCUGGCUAGGCCACUCCAGGACCUUAAUGUGCUUCUUCUUGAGCCACUCCAUUGUUGCCUUGGCCGUGUGUUUUGGGUUAUUGUCAUGCUGGAAUACCCAUCCACGACCCAUUUUCAAUGCCAUGGCUGAGGGAAGGAGGUUCUCACCCAAGAUUUGUUGGUACAUGGCCCCGUCCAUCGUCCCUUUGAUGCAGUGAAGUUGUCCUGUCCCCUUAGCAGAAAAACACCCCCAAAGCAUAAUGUUUCCACCUCCAUGUUUGACGGUGGGGAUGGUGUUCUUGGGGUCAUAGGCAGCAUUCCUCCUCCUCCAAACACGGCGAGUUGAGUUGAUGCCAAAGAGCUCGAUUUUGGUCUCAUCUGACCACAACACUUUCACCCAGUUCUCCUCUGAAUCAUUCAGAUGUUCAUUGGCAAACUUCAGACGGCCCUGUAUAUGUGUUUUCUUGAGCAGGGGGACCUUGCCACGCUGCAGGAUUUCAGUCCUUCACGGCGUAGUGUGUUACCAAUUGUUUUCUUGGUGACUAUGGUCCCAGCUGCCUUGAGAUCAUUGACAAGAUCCUCCAGUGUAGUUCUGGGCUGAUUCCUCACCGUUCUCAUGAUCAUUGCAACUCCAUGAGGUGAGAUCUUGCAUGGAGCCCCAGGACGAGGGAGAUUAACAGUUAUUUUGUGUUUCUUCCAUUUGCGAAUAAUCGCACCAAGUGUUGUCACCUUCUCACCAAGCUACUUGGCGAUGGUCUUGUAGCCCAUUCCAGCCUUGUGUAGGUCUACAAUCUUGUCCCUGACAUCCUUGGAGAGCUCUUUGGUCUUGGCCAUGGUGGAGAGUUUGGAAUCUGAUUGAUUGAUUGCUUCUGUGGACAUUUGUCUUUUAUACAGGUAACAAGCUGAGAUUAGGAGCACUCCCUUUAAGAGACACCUGGGAGCCAGAAAUCUUUCUGAUUGAGAGGGGGUCAAAUACUUAUUUCCCUCAUUAAAAUGCAAAUCAAUUUCUAACAUUUUUUACAUGUGUUUUUCUGGAUUUUUUGUUAUUCUGUCUCUCACUGUUCAAAUAAACCUACCAUUAAAAUUAUAGACUGAUCAUUUCUUUGUCAGUGGGCAAACGUACAAAAUCAGCAGGGGAUCAAAUACUUUUUUCCCUCACUGUAUAUAUAUAUAUAUGUAUAUAUAUAUAUUGUAUUUGACCCCCUCUCAAUCAGAAAAAUGACUUGUGCCAUGCACAAAGUAGAUGUCCUAACCGACUUGCCAAAACUAUAGUUUGUUAACAAGAAAUGACUCUAACCUAUGUGUAUGUAAACUUGGCACAAGUCAUUUUUCCAACCAUUGUUUACAGACAGAUUUUUUCACUUAUAAUUCACUGUAUCACAAUUCCAGUGGGUCAGAAGUUUACAUACACUAAGUUGACUGUGCCUUUAAACAGCUUGGAAAAUUCAAAUUUAAGUCAAUUGGAGGUGUACCUGUGGAUGUAUUUCAAGGCCUACCUUCAAACUCAGUGCGUCUUUGCUUGACAUCAUGGGAAAAUCAAAAUAAAUCAGCCAAGACCUCAGAAAAAAAAUGGUAGACCUCCACAAGUCUGGUUCAUCCUUGGGAGCAAUUUCCAAACGCCUGAAGGUACCACGUUCAUCUGUACAAACAAUAGUACACAAGUAUAAACAUCCUUGGGACCACGCAGCCGUUAUACCGCUCAGGAAGGAGACGCGUUCUGUCUCCUAGAGAUGAACGCACUUUCAAUUCCAGAACAACAGCAAAAAGGACCUUGUGAAGAUGCUGGAGGAAACAGGUACAAAAUGAUCUAUAUCCACAGUAAAACGAGUCCUAUAUCGACAUAACCUGAAAGGCCGCUCAGCAAGGAAGAAGCCACUGCUCCAAAACUGCCAUAACAAAGCCAGACUACAGUUUGCAACUGCAUAUGGGGACAAAGAUCGUACUUUUUGGAGAAAUGUCCUCUGGUCUGAUGAAACAAAAAUAGAACUGUUUGGCCAUAAUGACCAUCGUUAUGUUUGGAGGAAAAAGGGGGUGGCAUGCAAGCCGAAGAACACUAUCUCAACCGUGAAGCACGGGGAUGGCAGCAUCAUGCUGUGGGGGUGCUUUGCUGCAGGAGGGACUGGUGCACUUCACAAAAUAGAUGGCAUCAUGAGGAAGGAAAAUUAUGUGGAUAUAUUGAAGCAACAUCUCAAGACCUCAGUCAGGAAGUUAAAGCUUGGUCGCAAAUGGGUCUUCCAAAUGGACAAUGACCCCAAGCAUACUUACAAAGUUUUGGCAAAAUGGCUUAAGGACAACAAAGUCAUGGUAUUGGAGUGGCCAUCACAAAGCCCUGACCUCAAUCCUAUAGAAAAUGUGUGGGCAGAACUGCAAAAGCGUGUGUGAGCAAGGAGGCCUACAAACCUGACUCAGUUACACUAGCUGUCAGGAGGAAUGGGCCAAAAUUCACCCAACUUAUUGUGGGAAGCUUGUGGAAGGCUACCCGAAAUGUUUGACCCAAGUUAAACAAUUUAAAGGCAAUGCUACCAAAUACUAAUUGAGUGUAUGUAAACUUCUGACCCACUGGGAAUGUGAUGAAAUAAAUAAAUCAUUCUCUCUACUAUUAUUCUGACAUUUCACAUUCUUAAAAUAAAGUGGUGAUCCUAACUGACCUAAGACAGGGAAUUUUUACUAGGAUUAAACGUCAGGAAUUGCGAAAAACUGAGUUUAAAUGUACUUCGCUAAGGUGUAUGUAAACUUCCGACAUCAACUGUAUAUAUACAGUACCAGUCAAAGGGUUUGUACACACCUGCAUAUUGAAGGGUUUUUCUUUAUUUUUACUAUUUUCUACAUUGUAGAAUAAUAAUGAAGACAUCAAAACUAUGAAAUAACACAUAUGUAAUCAUGUAGUAACCAAAAAAGGGUUAAACAAACAAAAUAUAUUUUAUAUUUGAGAUUCUUCAAAGUAGCCACCCUUUGCCUUGAUGACAGCUUUUCACACUCUUGGCAUUCUCUUAACCAGCUUCACCUGGAAUGCUUUUCAAACAGUCUUGAAGGAGUUCACACAUAUGCUGAGCACUUCUUGGCUGCUUUUCCUUAACUCUGUGUUGAUGUCGGGUGAUAGUGGAGGCCAGGCCAUCUCAUGCAGCACUCCAUCACUAUCCUUCUUGGUCAAAUAGCCCUUACACAGCCUGGAGGUGUGUUGGGUCAUUGUCCUGUUGAAAAACAAAUGAUAGUCCCACUAAGCGCAAACCAGAUGGGAUGGCGUAUCGCUGCAGAAUGCUGUGGUAGUCAUGCUGGUUAAGUGUGCCUUGAAUUCUAAAUAAAUCACAGACAGUGUCACCAGCAAAGCACCCCCACACCAUCUCACCUCCUCCUCCAUGCUUCACGGUGGGAACCGCACAUGCAGAGAUCAUCCGUUCACCUACUCUGCGUCUCACAAAGACACGGUGGUUGGAACCAAAAAUCUCAAAUUUGGACUCAGACCAAAGGACACAUUUCCACCAAUCUACUGUCCAUUGCCUGUGUUUCUUGGCCCAAUCAAGUCUCUUCUUCUUAUUGGUGUCCUUUAGUAGUGGUUUCUUUGCAGUAAUUCGACCAUGAAGGCCUGAUUCACGCAGUCUCCUCUGAACAGUUGAUGUUGAGGUGUGUCUGUUACUUGAACUCUGUGAAGCAUUUAUUUGGGCUGCAAUUUCUGAGGCUGGUAACUCUAAUGAACUUAUACUCUGCAGCAGAGGUAACUCUGGGUCUUCCUUUCCUGUGGCGGUCCUCAUGAGAGCCAGUUUCAUCAUAGCGCUUGAUGGUUUUUGCGACUGCACUUGAAGAAACUUUCAAAGUUCUUGACAUUUUCCGUAUUGACUGACCUUCAUGUCUUAAAGUAAUGAUGGACUAUCGUUUCUCUUUUCUUAUUUGAGCUGUUCUUGACAUAAUAUGGACUUGGUAUUUUAUCAAAUAGGGCUAUCUUCUGUAUACUUCUAUCUUGUCACAACACAACUUUUAACAAGGCACACCUGUUAAUUGAAAUGCAUUCCAGGUGACUACCACAUGAAGCUAGUUGAGAGAAUGCCAAGCGUGAGAAUGCCAAAGGGUGUCUAUUUUGAAGAAUCUAAAAUAUAUUUUAAUUUGUUUAACACUGUUUUGGUUACUACAUGAUUCCAUAUGUGUUAUUUCAUAGUUUUGAUGUCUUCACUAUUAUUGUACAAUGUAGAAAAUAGUGAAAAUAUAGAAAAACCCUGGAAUGAGUAGGUGUGUCCAAACUUUGGACUGGUACUGUAUAUAUAUGUAUAUAUAUACAGUCUACUGUAUCUAUCUCCCUCUCCCUCUCCCUCUCCCUAUCUCUCUGUCCUCUGUGUCUCUCUGUAGGUGGUGCAGUACUUGGCAGGCUGUGGUCUACAGAGCUGUCCCAUGCUGGUGUCUAAAGGCUACCCUGACAUUGGCUGGAACCCUGUGGAGGGGGAACGCUACCUGGACUUCCUGCGCUUUGCUGUCUUCUGUAACGGUAACCUGUUAAAACUGACUAUACAGAUACUCUAGCUGUAUAUGUAGUUCAUGACUGAUAACAGCUAGACUACAGAGUAGAAAUUAGGCUAAUAAUCAGUCGAUUGCUGACAGGGGAGAGUGUGGAGGAGAAUGCCUACUCGGUGGUGAGGCUGCUGAUUCGCCGUCCGGAGUGUUUUGGCCCCGCCCUGCGAGGUGAGGGUGGCGAUGGUCUACUGGCAGCCAUGGAGGAAGCCAUCAGGAUCUCAGAGGACCUGACUAUGGACGGACCCUCCACGACCUACGAGUCCAACAGAACACUGUGAGUUAGAAAGGGAACACUGGAAGAACAAGUCUUUUGCCCCAGUAAACUGGUGACUUUUGGUUUUCCUACUGGUCAGCCAGAAGAGGAUAGGCUUCCCCACACACAAUUAGAAGACAAAUACUAUAUAUAUACUAGUAUUAUAGUAUAUUGUAUGUACUGUAAUUCUAUGACCGUUCCCUCUUCAGCUUGAUUCAAUAUGGCGUCCAGUUAUGUCAACUGACCUUUAAACAUGAGUAAAAUCAGUAUGGUGCACAGCUUCUGAGUCAUGUAAACGCUUCUCUCUCCCCGCCCACACAGGAACGUGCUGCAGGAUGAGGAGGAGGACAUAAUCCACAUGGGCCACUCCAUCAUGACCUUCUACUCCGCCCUCAUUGACCUGCUGGGCCGCUGUGCCCCGGAGAUGCAUGUUAGUCUGUUUAACCACCUGAUGGGACACUGUCAAUAGUCCAAUCGAUCAGGGCUCUAAUGUAGGACUAGAAAAUGCUUGCCUGCGGUUACAUUGAUUGGCCAUGCAGUGAUUGACCUUAUGGGUUAAGAAGCUUUAUUUCCUCCACUUCUAUUUGUGUCCAAAAAGUGAAGGUCUGUGUCAUAUGCUGCACAUUACCUGACAGCAAGAUCAUUUGACGUUGGCUGUUUCUUUAAAGUCUUUAAAGACAUUGGAAUGAAUGGCAGAGCUUAAGAAUAAAAUACUAAUAAAGCUGAUCACUUUGAUUUGAUUAUGUUUGUCCAGCUGAUCCAUGCUGGGAAGGGCGAGGCCAUCCGUAUCCGGGCCAUCCUGAGGUCCCUCAUCCCCAUCCAGGACCUGGAGGGAGUCAUCGGCAUCCCCUUCCAACUCCCUUCUCUAGCAAAAGGUCAGUCCUCUGUGAGAAGUCACUAUAGUCUUAUGUGGUUGUAAACCCAAUCUUUGCAGCUUGUACUGUUUAUUUUUAUUUUUUACAGAUAAGUUGGUUCUAGUCUCAUCCUCCUGCUGAGUGCUUUCUCUGUUAUAUGGUAGCAAUUAGCCUGGGGUUAAGUUGGCUCAAGUUUUGAGACGGAUCGCCAAGCAUGUAUUAUAGAUCCACCCAUCGUAAAAAUUGUGCCGCAUUAGCCAAAAUAUAAUGUGGUGAAAUAUUUGUCCAAAUUUCCUUCUGUUCUUGUCAUUUAUCCAGAUGGCACAGUAGUCGAGCCAGACCCAUCCAAUGUGUUCUGCCCGGACCACAAGGCAGCCAUGGUGCUCUUCCUGGACCGUGUGUACGGCAUCGAGGACCAGAGCUUCCUGCUCCACCUGCUGGAAGUGGGCUUCCUGCCAGACCUGCAGGCUGCGGCCUCUCUGGACACAGUGAGGGAGACAUUGACCAUACUGACACAGCACCACUGGAGUGAUCCACUGUUAUGGACCUGAGGGACCUACAGGAAUGCCCACUGGAGUGAUUCACUAUAACCCCAUUGGAGUGUUCAGCCAAUGCACAUUGUGGGACACAGAGUGAGACUAUCACAUCCCAAGGAUUAUCCUGUAAUGCAGAUGAAGUGCACCAUUAAUUCAUUAAUGAGAUUUGAGUUAGGGUUAGUGUUGGAGACAGGAUCUGUAGUGUCUACUAACGAACACUAUGGGGCAGUGUUACCAUACCAACUCACUCAUUCACUCCCCUUUCCCUCAUUCUUACUAGUCUUCAAUGUCUCUCUCCAUUUCUGACUCUCAGACUUUUAUGGAUCGAAUCCUUUUUUCUUUCUUCCUCUGUCUCUGUCCCUAGGUUAAAACUGCCCCUCUCUUUUUAGUCCUGACACUUCUGUAAACUAAAUUUCACCCGGCUGCUCCUCUCCCUGCAGACUGAUCUGAGUGCCACAGACAUGGCCCUGGCCCUGAACAGGUACCUGUGUACGGCUGUGCUGCCCCUGCUCACUAAGUGCUCCAGCCUGUUCUCUGGGACAGAGGACCAGGGGCCGCUGGUGGAUGCUCUCCUCCAGGCCGUCUACCGCCUGUCCAGGGCCCUCAGCCUCACCAAGGCCCAGAGAGACGCCAUCGAGGACUGCAUGCUGGCCAUAUGCAGGUGGGGCACAUGGAGGAACUAAUGUUAUUAUUAUUAUCACUCCAUACAGCUCCCUGUUCUCCUCCAUCACUUGCACACCUUCUCUACCAUAGAGGCAGAACGGGAGCAGUUAUUUAGAAGGAGAUGUAAUUCAAAGGGAAUUGUUGGUGCAUACUGUAUUUCUGUGUGUCCUUCUGCAUGUGUCCUCAGUAAGCUCAGGCCAUCCUUGAUGCAACCUCUGCUCCGACGGCUUGUUUUCGAUGUGCCCCUUCUGACAAACCACACUAAAAUACCACUCAAGGUUAGUUAUAUAAUAGUAGUCACACACAUACACAGGCCAUGUAAUGUAUGUGUGUAUUUGGACAUAUAUGACUUUUCUGAAGAAAUUGACUUUCGCCACUUUCCUUCCAGCUGUUGACCAAUCACUAUGAGCAGAGCUGGAAGUACUACUGUCUGAUUGGAGGUUUGGGGCACCUGGGCUCCGCCUCAGAGGAGGAGCUUCACCUCUCCAGGAAGCUGUUCAGGGGAGUGUUCAACGCUCUGUCCAGGAAGGUACAGUUGGACCAACUCUUCAGCCUGUCCCAAAACAACCAUUUGAUGUUAACAGAGCUGAAGAGAUGAGUGUAAGCAAUAGCCUACAAUGGGAGCAACCCAAAAGCCCAUUUGAAGAAUAAGUCAUAUUGUAAUCGGAUCCCUUCAUAUCUAUAAACAUCUAUUGGAUAUUGGAGGGGGCAUGGGGUUUGUUUUCAGACCAAGCAAUAAUGCUACUGCCCACACUAACCCACCCAGUCUAUGAUUUAUAUUGCGUAUGUCUUCUCCUGUGUAGCCCUAAGGCAUGUAUUUGUUCAGACUAUCUCCCUGUCUCCUCUCCUAAACAGCACUAUGACGCUGAGCUCUCCAAGCUGGCUCUGCAGUGUCUGGUGGCUGCAGCUGGAGCCCUCCCUGCUGACCACAUGGACCCUGGCUGUGUAGCCUGGAUGGAGAGACACCCCUCCAUGGACGCACAGGGGCACUUUGACCCCCAGCCUGUAGACACCUCCAAGUGAGCCUGUGGCUAGGACCUUAGUGAUACCAUUAUUCAUGUCCUCUCUUGUAGAAAUGCUCUUUAAAUUGACAUAUAUAUAAUAAUAAUAAAGUGGGUGCUUGCAUUUGUCCUAUUUCACACACAUGAAUUGGACAUUAGUUUUUUACAUAUCUCACUCCCCCUGAGACACCUCUCGGAGAGUAGGGUCAGACAUUAUUGACGGCGACCCUGGAGCAAUUAGGGUUAAGUGCCUUGCUCAAGAGCACUUUGACACAUUUUUCACCUAGUCGGCUCGGGGAUUUGAACCAGCGACCUCACGGUUACUGGCCCAACGCUCCUAACCGCUACGCUACCUGCCGCCCUCUACAUAUAUUGUUUGAUAAUAUUAUAAAAUAUAAAUACAUAUGUCCAUUUAAGGAGCAUUUUUAUAUUAUAUUGUUCUGAUAUGUGUUAUAAAGUUAUUAUUUUUUCCCCGUUAGUGUGUCAGUACCAGAGAAACUGGAGUUUGUGGUGAAUAAAUAUGCAGAACACACCCAUGAAAAGUGGUCAAUGGACAAGGUAACUGAGCUUUGAGUUUACUAUGAGUAUAUUUGUUUUGAGUUUAAAAUAUGUACUGUGCAAUAACUCUGUGGACACUGUCAUUCUGUGUAAUGUGUGAACUGCUGUGUAUGAAGAAGAUUAUGCUGUGUGUGUAUAUGAAUAUCAUACUGUAUAUGAUUAAUUAUGUAUGUUUAUCUUUGCUAUGACUUUCAGUUUGCCAAUGGCUGGGUCCAUGGGGAGCUCUGUGAAAAGACCAAAGUACACCCUCUCCUGAAGCCCUACAGAGCUCUGGCUGAGAGGGUGGGUCUAAGCUACAACAUACAGAGUACUGUUUGUUUUAGGAUUUUAUUGAUAUUUGGAAUAAAAUAUCUAAUAUUUGUCUGCAUUUGUCUGUCGUGAACAUAUUGCAGUUCCAAAGUUUUAUCAUCUGUUUGUUACUGUCACAUUGGUUUUCCUCAGGACAAAGAGGCGUAUCGCUGGUCCAUAAAGGAGACAGUGCGAAGUAUGUUGGCCUUUGGCUGGACAAUAGAGAGAACUAAAGAGGGAGAUGGCCUUGGCCUACUCACCUGCUCACGCCGCAUCUCCCAGGCUGGACAGGUAUAGUACUACAGUAUUAUAGGACCUGAAUCCAUAGGACCUCACACAGUACUGUUGGCAUGACCUUGUUUAAGUCCUGCUCUGAUAUGAACCUGUUGACUUUUUCCCAUCUGUUGCAUUUCUUCCUUCCUUGCUUUCUUCAUUGAAACUGAGCAGCUGUACUGUCCAUAUUGUUGCUGUUGGGGGUGUUGUUGUUGUUGCUGUUGUUGUUGUUGUUGCUGCUGUUGCUUUGAUUCACACUGAAUGUACUAAACUAUUGCAAUGAAUGCGUAGAAAGAUGUAAAUGAAUGGAUGUCUCUGUCUGUGGUUUAGCUGUCGUUUGAAGGAGCAUCAACCUUCACCCCCAAGCCAAUGGACAUGAGCAGUGUGACACUCUCAUGGGAUCAGUGUGUAAGUCAGGACAUAGACAUACUGUAUUCAUAUACAAUUAGGAUUAUUGUUAUUGACUGUAUAAUAACUGAUUGUUUUAUACUUUCCUUCAGUCUAUGGCUGAAUUGCUGGCUGAGAACUACCAUAACACCUGGUCCAGGAAGAAGAAGCAGGAAGUGGAUGCUAAAGGUAGCAUUUCAUCACAAACCAUGAUUAAUUAAGCUCUAAGAGGGGUUGUGCCUAUAGGUGAUUUCGUGUACCUCUGGCAACUUGAAACCAGGCCAAAAAGUUACUCAGUGGUUCUGAAGCAAAGCACUGUGCAGAAUGAUUAAUCUACAUAAUGACUUUGCAUCUGAAAUAAAUGCUUAUAUGAAAAAGAUUGGUGAAUUCCCUCAAAUGCGCUGGAUAUCCUUUCUGAAUUUCACAUCCGUCCAUCUAUUAUACUUUGUUCUGAUUUGUUACUCCAGGGGGAGGGGGUCAUUCUACACUGGUGCCCUAUGAUACCCUCCCUACCAAGGAGAAAGCCAAACUGAGAGAGAAAGCCCAGGAUGUCCUCAAGUUCUUCCAGCUGAACGGCUACACAGUGUGGAGGUGAGGAACUGGCAUUCAAGGACUAUUAACAACUGAUGCUAAUUGUCAGUGAUCAUUGUUCUGUAGCCCUUUACACUCGUACCCGUUUAUGGUUGAAAAUGGCAGCUUUGGACCCUGAUAAGCACGAUAAUUGGAACGCAGUGGCUGUACAGUAACAUGUUAUACAUGACGUCAGAGCUCUGGGUCUGCGCUUCACAGCACUGUAUGGGUUUUGACUGACAGACGUUCUGAACUUGAGCACCGCGCGCAACAAGAAGUUGCUCCUAUCCUUAAUGCUAAUUGGGCAACUUUUGCACAAAAAAAUUGGGAGGGAAAUGCUGUAAUUUACAGGGACUCUAUUUCUUUUGAAAAAUGAGACGUUGAGGAUUAUAAUAAAUUCCGCUUUGAUGUCAUACAAGCAAGCCAAACACCUUUGAGUCUGAAUGUGCACUUCACAUUUCCAUAUCAUAAAACUCAUAAUAUACAGUGUCAACAUUUAUGAUCACUAUGUUUGAUGUACAGUUACAAGAUGACAUGACGUUAUACCCUGGGUUGUUCUGAACAUGAAUUAACCUAUUUUUGUUGUAUUUUGAAGAAAAUCUGCUGCGGACCACGUAUCUGAAUGCACCCAUGACUCCAUUCAAUGCAUGCCAAAAUUACGAUCUGCUUCUCUGAAUUGCUUAGUGAAAGACUAACAAUAUAAGGUCGUAUUUUAUAAUUUAGCUAGUCACGUAGGCAAUAGAACAAGCUUUCAAAUUAGGCCCACCUGACCCAGAUUUAUAAUGGACAGUUUUUGGAUUGCGUAAACAACAACACUAAUUGUGUGAAGGUGGGGAUGCAGAGUUGUGUUCCAAAGAAAAUAACUACCAAGUGUUUUUGCUCUUGUUCCUCAAAGGCACAGCUAGGAGAGCUAAAAGAAAAUCACCUUAUAGUUGAAGACUCUUCUUUGAGUCAUAAAAGUGCAUUGAAAUUACUUAGGAACUGUGGACACUUUGGAGAGGUGUGUGGCCACUUGGAAACCCCAGUUAGACCUCUCACUCAAACCCUUUUCCAAUAAUAUUCUUAUCAUGUUACUGAAUGUAUCCAGAGUAUUUUCAGUGGUGAAAAGUACAGUAAAUGUAAAAUCAACAGUGUAAUGUUUGGAUUCAGUCUUGUGUCAGGUGAACAGUUGUGUCCUCACCUUUAGUCUAAUAAUUUUCCCAUAAUCUCCAAACUGUUCUUUUUUAAUUGCUACCAUAUUUUUUUCAAUGUAGCCCUAUCCAUAUAGGCCAAUUCCCAAGAGUGGAAGGGGUUAAUCAUUGUCGUGCAUCCUUAACAGUUCGAUAUUUAAUGAAACGUUUUAGGUUAAGUGCCUUGCUCAAAUGUAUACAGUAAACCUCCAUUAGCCUCAUAGUGUCCAGACAAUCUGUCUUCCUGACUUCUUAAUGACAUCACAGUGCUGCAUCUCUGCACAGGGACAGAAAGGCAGCGGAGAUGGAUUCACCAGCCAUAGCAAACCGCUUUGCCUACACCUUCCUACAGCAGCUCCUCUCAUACACAGAGGAGGCCCAAGAACACAUGCAGGAGCUGGGUAAGGAUGGUAGCCAUAUAGCAUCAGCCAUCUUUCCUUUUAUAAGUGACGUCAGAAGUUUCAUUCAUCUCUUACAACACAUAGCAUGUAAUUGGAUGUGUUGUGUUUUUCCUCAGAGGUUAUGCAGGCAAGAGGUCAGAUGGCAAAAGUAGAGGCUCCCCACCAGCAGCAGAUUGACUUUUUCAGCAAGGUUUGUAAACGUAAAACCCCUUUUAUUUUCCAGUCCAACAACUGAGAUGGGCAUGUGCUGUAGGUGGAUGUGAAAGAACAAUUUCCACUCUGUUGUCCUGCUUGAUAUGGCUCUGGCUAUUAUUAAUUUAUUUACGACCACACACUGAUGUAGGCUAAUUCGUUUUGUUGGGAGGUUGCCAUGGGCAACCCAGUAAGUGAAAGCUACUGUGGCUCCAGAAAUUGAUAUAGCCAUUUUGGAAACCCAUGUGGGCAUGUCGAUUGCCAUCAGACCAUUGAUUAAGCCUCCCACGCUCCCUGUAAAGAGACAGAAAAUAAAAGGGCUAAUUCCCACUGAUGGGACCACUGAUUCUCUCCACACAGAGAUCAAUGCUAAGACAUAGCAACAAAUACAGCACAACAACUAUGACUUUUCCUUAGGAAAUAACUCAAAACAGACACAAUGUGUUAAAACAGGGUCAAUUUACCAAACUACAUUGAUAAAGUGAUAUGAAUAGUCUAUAUUGGUGUGCUGACACAAAUAAAUAAUAAUAAUAAUAAUAAUAUGCCAUUUAGCAGACGCUUUUAUCCAAAGCGACUUACAGUCAUGCGUGCAUACAUUUUUUUUGUGUAUGGGUGGUCCCGGGGAUCGAACCCACUACCUUGGCGUUACAAGCGCUGUGCUCUACCAGCUGAGCUACAGAGGACCACAAUAGUGUGCUAAGUCUAUUGGGUUAGAGUUGCCUAAAAACACUUGUCUCCCACAGGUGGCGUUACCCCUGCUGGAGCAGUACCUGAAGAACCAUCACCUCUACUUCCUGUCCACUGCAGCCAGCUCCCGAGGCAACGGAGGUCACGCUUCCAAUAAGGAGAAGGAGAUGGUCACCAGGUAUCGGUUAAUAACAUAUUACAAUAAUAACGUUAGCAGCAUUUAGCUUUAUAACUGUUUUUGUCUUGUCUAUGCACUUUAAAAAAGGGGCAUUUAACCCAACUUGGCUUUAAAUAUGCCCAUGUGCCCAGGAACAUAGAGGUGUCCUCUGUCUUCUCUACCUUUUGCAUUCUCAACAUAUUUCAUUUUCUAUUCCUCUUCUCUCCAUCCCUCUCUCUUGUCCUCCCAUCUUCAGCCUGUUCUGCAAACUGGGAGCUCUUGUCAGACACAGGAUAUCUCUGUUUGGUAAGGAUGGUAUAAAGUUAACAUGAAGCUUAUUGACUUAAGAUCUGUUUACAUCUCAUGUCCCUGUUUAUGUUUUCAUAUUGCUACUGUUUGCGUUCAUCUACAUAUACAAUAGCAAAUUAGGGUUCCUCAAGGGUUAUUUGGGAAGGGUGAUGGUUUUAUGUGGAACCAUACUGACCCAAAGAACCCUUCGAGCCCUUCAAUGGUUCUUUGCAGUUCAAAAAAGGGUUCUUUCCUCUUUUAGUAAUAAUUAUAAUGUAGGGCCGGUGGCUUAUUCUGAUAUUUUGGGGCAUGGUUUGUUCACAGGUCUUUUUGUGCAACCAUGAGUGAGAGUGUCAUUCCAGUUGAUUUAAUCUGUUGUGUUAUGCUAUUACAUGUUAUAUAUGACUAUGGCCAGUGACGGUGUCUUGUGAAAGACUCAUGUAUGGCCUUGUGUCAAUUGAGAACCGUUGACUAAGUCAGUAGUUCUCAAUUCUCUCCUCAGGGACCCCAAGCUGUUCCAGAGCUAGCACACCUGAUUCAACUUGUUAAUUAACACAAUAAUAAAACCUGUAAUUUUAACAAUAUAAUAUGGCUAUUACACCAGAAUAAAAAACCCUGAAUGGUUCUACAAAGAACCUUUGAGAUUGAGAAAGGUUCUUUAUAGAACCAUUCUCCAUAAAGGUUUUAUAAAGAACCAUAAAAAGGGGUCUAUAUAGCCCUAAAAAGGGUUGUAACUAGUGGAACCCUUUUUUGGCGGUAUUUAGAACCUUUUUUAAUGGUUCUUUAUAUAACCUUAUGAAAUGGUUCUUUGUAGCACCAUACAGGUUCCAUUUAGAACCUUAUGAGCAUGAUUCUUUAUAGAACCUUAAAAAAAAGGUUCCAUAUAGAACCAAAAAGGGUUCCGCUAUGGUUUCAAGCCAAAUAACCUUUAUUUGGCACUAUAUAGAACCAUUUGUUUUUAGUGUGUACAUAGACACAUAACCUAUCCGUCUCCACACACCUAAGCCCCAGAUCCUAUCAGCAGUUUAUGAGAUUAUGAUCCCUAUGAUUUUGAUUUCCCCUGUGUGUGUUUCCUCAGGGAGUGAUGCACCUUCCAUCGUCACCUGUCUUCUCAUACUGGCCCAGUCUCUGGAUGUCAGGUAGAUAACACGGUCUCACUGUUACCCAUGUCAGCUGAGCUGUUGUCACUCAGGCACUGAUACCUUGAUGAUAUCUGAUAUCUGUUGGUAUCACUGUUGGUGCCAGGGCUACCUCGUAAGAUUGCUAUCUCAAUGGAACUCACCUGCUUAGAUAAAGGAUUCAGUUGAUAAAUGAACAAAUAGUGUUGCCAAUAGCUAGAGGACUCAUGUGUAGUACUCUUUCUUUAGUGAGCAGAAGUAUUUGAUGAAGAAAAAUACUAUAUAAAAAUGCUCUUCAUUCAUGUUUGCAAAUUAUACUCUUUAACAUUAUAAACAGUAUAUUGCUAAUUUAGACCAGAUGUGGAACACGAUCCAAUAAUGGCAUUCAAUUCAUUCAAUAAUAUGGGAAACCUCCUUCAGGACAUUGAUGAAGACUGCUCCAGAAUCAGCCAGGGUCUCGCUACGGUCCUUCUUCGAGGCUGCAGCGGUGGACCUGGAGAUGACCGUGGAGAACCUCUCUAUGACCCAGAGCAGGACUCAGUCCAGAGGGGUGGCCCAGAUCCUAGACUAUACCACCACCGCCCUGCUGCCCACUCUCACCGCCAUGUUUGAACACCUCAGCCACAACCAGUAUGGAGAAGACCUCUUGGGUACGUGUGGCUCAUGUUCUGUAUCCUGGGAGGUAGAAUGAUAUGGUAUUAUUAUGAGAGUUUGUCAGUUUGGGGAGGCACUACAUCAGAAUAAUCAUUGAUCCUCUCAAAAUUGAGUAAGGUAUUUAUGGUUACUGGUGGGAUAAAUGGAUGUCUUGACUCAAGUAUUUUCCCGGUUGACGUUUAUUCGAAUGAGUCUUGUCCUGGAGGCAGAACUGAGCGAUUUUCCGCUAGAUAGGCCAGCUGCAAUGUCAAAAUUGGCUUUAUUGUAAAACUUCAUGAAAACUAAAAUUAGCUUUUUGAUCUUAAUUUAAGGUUAGGCAUUGGGGCUAGCAGUGUGGUUAAGGUUAGGGUUAAAAUAUAUAUAUAUAUAUGGUUAUGGUUAGGAUUAGGUUUAAAAUCUGAUUGUAUGACUUUGUGGCUGUGCUAGCUAGUGACCGCUGCAGAGCUGCCUCCAGAACAAGAUUCAUGACGAAAAAUGCUAAUCUGCUGGCUGUAUGACUCAGUCACUCUCAAAACCCACAGUAUCAAUAGAGUGUGAAUAAAAUCACCCAAGUCAAUCUGUAAUCACAACCUCUUGUCUUCCAACUACGGUGUCCACAGGAGCCCAUCUUCCCUCAUACUGUACAUUGUCAAUGUCCUCCAUAUGUCUGGUAGCGGGUGAGAUGGCAGUGAGCAGCUGAAUUUAAGACCUCUUAAAUAAUUCAGAGAUGCCCUCCCCUCUCAGCCAGCUUCCAUACCUCAUCUCAUUAAAUCUCAGUCAUUUACAUGGCGAGGUGGCACAUUCUCUCUGCCAGUGAUCACUACGGCUAUUCACUAAUUAUUUAUUACAUUAAUCAAAUCUCACCCACUGUGAGCCCUCUCUGUCUCUACAUAUCAACUUCCCUCUAGCCUUCACACUCUAGCCACCAGCCAACACUCAGGAAGUUGUCUAGAAAUCUAAGCUUCAGAGGGAUUUAUUCAGUGAGUCUCACCUUCUCCUUUACAGUGGACAGUGUCCAGGUGUCCUGUUAUAAGAUCCUCAACAGCCUCCACUCACUUGGCAUCAGCAAAAGCUUCUACGCGGAGGGGUACUUUUUGUCAUUUAGCUUUGUGUGAUGUAACAUUCCAGUAUGUGACAGUUAAUGUAUAUGUUUGUAUAUGCUCCAGAUUAAUACAAUCAUAAAGUAUGCACGACUCUGUACACAUCAAUAUUCCUCUCUCUCCGUGGCUUAAUAUGGCUGUGUUGUCAUGCACAUGGCGUAGAGUGUGGGAGACAGUGCUGUCCAGAGCUGUCAGCAAUCUGUUUGUGUGUGUUUGCAGGCAGAGACCAUCAGCAGGAGCUUGUCUGGCAGCGCUGUCAGGGGCUUUCCCUGUGAGUUUCCUGGAGCCAGCUCUGAAUGAGGACAACCCUUACUCCAUCUACAACACCAUGAGCCCCAGAGAGCGAGAGGGUAACCAUACACACACCUACUACCCUCUCACACACUGCACACUGUGCUUCACUGCACAUGCUAUUUUUAAUUUUUAAUUAACUCUAUUUAGUUGCACUCUUAGAAAAAAAAACUUUGAAGAAACCUUUUUGGUUCCAGGUAGAACUCAUUUGGGUUUCUUGUAGAGCCUUUUCACAAACAACCUUUUUUUCAAAGCGUGUAGCUGAGGCAUUUGAAGCUGUCCCUUCUCCUCUGUUUCAGAUGUGGGAGUUCCAGACAAGGUGGAGGAGGUGUGUCCUCUCUUGCCAUCUCUGCAGCAGCUUCUGGGGGAGGUGGAGGAGCUGGCAGGGUCAGGCUCAGGGACGCUCCAGGCCCAGUACAGCCAUGUCACCGAGGUCACCCUGCCCUUGCUCUGCAGCUACGUGUCCCGCUGGUGGCAGCAUGGCCCCGAGGGCCAACUGGAGAGCCCGUUCUGCACCUCACUCACCUCCCAGCAUGCCAGCACCCUGCUGGGCAACAUCCUCCGCAUCAUCCACAACCACCUGGGAACAGGCCAGGGAGACUGGAUGAAGCGCCUGGCAGGUAGCCCUAUACUGCUUUUUCAUCUGCGUCUACUGUUCACCCUAAGGAUGAUAUAUUAGUUCCCAUCACAGCCCUGCACAGGAUCCAGUUGUCUUCAGUCCAUAUGUUUGCCUCAUAGCCUCAAUCACUCACUAUUACUCAUUGUUUGUGGCACCAUGAAACAGUGUUCAUUUAAACACUUUCAGGCCUAAUUUCCUAGUUGUUUCAUCUAGACAUUCCUUCCACUCAUGUCAUCAUGAUUGUAUCAAUCAGUUCUCUCAUUCUAAAGCACUAAUUGUCAGAUUCUCUGAAUAAAAGCAUCUGCUGAAUGACUAAAUUAAUUGGAAUCCUUCCUUUCAGUUUUCUCUCAGCCAAUCAUCUGCCAGGCCCACCCCCAGUUGCUGAGGAGCCACUUCCUGCCUCUGA